AUAUCUCGUCUCGUGUCUCUCAGGAAAUGUCACACAGGAAGAUCUAAAUAUUUUCAUUUGUGAGAUUCCAAAAAUAGCGCGACCGAAUACCCUCAUUGGAAACGAGAGAAAAGUGACAAUAAAAGUACGAAGUACGUCGCCCCCUACAGAGUUUAUAUUUCGUCUAGUCAAAACUUCUACACACAUCGGGUUGGGGUUGUUCAAAUUAUAAUAGGUUAAUGUGUUAUUAUUUACUUUUAAUAAAUUGUAGGACCUAUAUUUUUUAAUAGUAUCAAUUGAAUUUUGAAGUGAUCUACAUAGGUACAUUUGUGAAAUAUCAAAUAUGGCUAGAGGCCCAACAAUAGUGGCGGUCCACAGUGCCGCUAGCCAGGGUGGAAUAAAUUGUUGCUUUUGUCGAUGCUGCACAUGUUUACAACUGCAAGUUUUGAAAAGUCCGGAAGGCAUUAUUAAACUAGCCGAAAUACUUCUAGGUUUCUUCUGUCAAAGUCUGGCUCUAAAUUUUGGUGCAGGUUACGCUUCGACGAUUGGUUCAUCGUACCAGUCCUUUUUAUCUACAGCUUCGUGGUGCCUCCUAACUAGUUUUCUUCUCCUGUUUAGCUACGUAUGCUCCCAAAAGUCACUGAAUUUGCUGAGAUCUUCUUUGUUUGAAACUCUUUUCAAUGGAGUAGCUGCAUUAAGUUAUUUUGGAUCGUGUUCGUAUUUAGGAUGGGCUGUGAAUACAUUUCUUCAACCAAUGUACGUCAUUACUCCAUUUUUCCAAGUCUAUCCCGCAAUGAGUGCUGCUUACAUGAUGGGUACAAUUCUUGGGUGUAUUUAUGCCUACGAUGGAUAUAAGUCAUACCAAUAUUUUAAAGGAUUUAGAUAAGAUAUUGACAAACACAGACAUGUUUUUUCAUUGUAUUUUUAUAAGUUAUUCACAUGUAUAUUUAAUAUUAUACCUUUUCUAGUCAGCAUGUUUAAAUAAAUAUUAUAUACAUAUAUUACUUAA